UGUGCAAGCAAACAGAAUUAGAUCUGUCCAUAUUUUCAACGCAACAGCAGGACUUAACAUGGUCUGGCAACGACUAGAAGAGUGCUAUGGUACACCCGAAGUGAUCGAGAAUGCACUGUUGAAGAAAAUGUAUGAUUUUCCAAAACUGACUAACAAAGACAAUCACAAACUAAGGGAACUAGGUGACAUUCUUCUCGAACUGGAGUGUGCUAAAGUAGAAGGGUACCUUCCAGGCCUCGCUUAUCUGGACACAUCUCGGGGGGUAAACCCUAUUGUAGAGAAACUUCAAUUCAGUUUACAAGAAAAAUGGAUAGCACAGGGAUCCAAAUAUAAGGAGGACUAUCGGGUAGCAUUCCCACCAUUCUCGUUCUUCUCGAGAUUCAUCAGGAACCAGGCGAAAAUUAGAAAUGACCCCAGCUUCACCCUCUACACCUCAACUAACCAGGUGUCCAUGAAAAGUGAGAAACCUGCCAGGUACAACAGCAAGACACCUGUGACUGUAUACAAGACAGAUGUGUCAUCUGAGGCCUCAGACCACCAAACCAAACCCAGUAAGACAAAGGUUGAAAACCCUGACCAUCACUGUCCAAUACAUAACAAGCCUCAUCCUCUUAAAAAGUGUUGUGGGUUUAGAUACAAAACUCUAGAUGAUCGCAAAUCAUAUCUCAAAGACAAUGGCAUUUGUUUCCGAUGUUGUGGGUCAACUCAACACAGAGCUAAAGACUGUAAGGUUUCAAUCAAGUGCUCUGAGUGCGACAGCGACAGGCAUCUUGCUGCUCUGCAUCCAGGCCCCUUCAAAUACAGACACCGCUACAGCAGAGACGGAGCAUGGCGGGGAGCAAGGUGACAAUGCUCUUCUAUCUGUCACCUCAAAGUGUACAGAGAUCUGUGGUGAGGCAGUCAAUCCAAGAUCAUGUUCAAAAAUAUGCCUAGUCAAAGCUUAUCCGGCUGGGAAAAGAGAGAAAGCUGUCAAAAUGUAUGUAGUGCUUGAUGAACAGAGUAACACAUCUCUGGCCAAGACAGAGUUGUUCAGUCUCUUCAACAUCAAUGACAACUCUGCUCCAUACACCAUGAAGACGUGUUCUGGGGUAACAGAGACUUCAGGCAGGAGAGCCGUCAACUUCAUGGUGGAGUCUAUAGAUGGACACAUGCAGCUCACUCUCCCUACUCUGAUAGAGUGUGAUAUGAUGCCAGACGAUAGGAUGGAGAUUCCCUCCCCCGACAUUGCGUAUCAUCAUCCCCAUCUGCAACCAGUUAUGGACAAAAUUCCAGCAGUGGACCCAGACGCGCCCAUCCUCCUGCUCUUAGGACGAGACAUCUUAAGGGUACACAAGGUACGAGAGCAAAUCAAUGGGCCCCACGACACUCCUUAUGCACAGCGACUCGACCUCGGGUGGGUCAUCGUGGGUGAGGUCUGUCUGGGAACGGCUCACCGACCAGCCAAUGUUAACGUGUUCAGGACAAACAUACUUCAAAAUGGUCGCACAUCCUAUCUGAGCCCUUGCCCUGACAUCAUCCAGGUAAAAGAGAACUACAACAGCGUAGCUCAGAAACACAUCUCUCCCUCUACAGUGCACUCGAGAGAUCCAAUCACAACUGUGAACACAGACAGCCUGGGAUGUUCCGUGUUCGACAAAACACAAGACGAUGAUAAACCAGCACCAUCAGUGGAGGACAAAGCCUUCUUGGACAUUAUGGACAAACAGGUUUUCCAGGAUGAUGGAAACAACUGGGUGGCUCCACUACCCUUUCGCCCCACUAUACGUCGCCUCCCUAAUAACAGGGAUCAGGCCAUGAACCGUCUCACAUCACUUCGCAGGACUUUAGACAAAAAGCCUGACAUGAAGCGUAAUUUUAUUGACUUCAUGCAAAAGAUGCUGGAUAACGACCAAGCCGAACCUUCACAGACACUAGAGGGAGACAAAGAACGUUGGUAUCUGCCCAUAUUUGGUGUUUACCAUCCACAAAAGCCUGAACAAAUAAGAGUAGUAUUUGACUCCAGUGCUAAGUGUCAAGGCGUGUCACUUAACGAUGUUCUGCUCAGUGGUCCAGACUUAAACAACACACUCUUGGGUGUCCUAAUGCGUUUCCGCAAGGAUUGCAUUGCACUAACAGCAGAUGUGCAACAAAUGUUUUACUGUUUUGGUGUACGUGAGGAUCACAGAGAUUACUUAAGGUUUCUCUGGUAUGAAGACAACAACCCAGAUAGAAACAUAACCGAGUACGGUAUGAAAGUGCAUGUAUUUGGGAACAGCCCUUCACCAGCCGUAGCCAUCUACUGCAUGAGACGAGCAGCGCUACAGGGUGAGAAGGAACACGGGUCAGAACCCAAGCAAUAUGUAGUGAGGAACUUCUACGUUGAUGAUGGUCUGACAUCAGUAGCUACUACAGAAGAAGCUAUCAACAUUCUAAGAAAAACACAAGCAAUGUUGGCGGAGUCCAACAUGAAACUACACAAGAUUGCAUCCAAUAGCAAAACAGUUAUGGAAGCUUUCCCUAUGGAGGACCGUGUGAAAGACUUAAAAGAUCUGGACCUAGGAGUGGAUCCUCUCCCCUUUCAACGGAGUCUGGGACUUUCCUGGAACCUGGAAACAGACAGCUUCUCAUUCCAGGUGUCCCACAAUUAGAAGCCUUUUACGCGGAGAGGCAUCCUGUCCACAGUGAAUAGUCUUUAUGACCCCCUUGGGUUCGUGGCUCCAAUAACAAUGCAAGGUAAAGCCUUAAUCAGAGAACUCUCUUCUGAUCAGAGUGAGUGGGAUGCCCCUCUUCCCACAGAAAAAGAAGAGACAUGGAAAAAGUGGAAGCAAGUCCAGUGUCUCGCUGACACCUUUUGGAAAAGGUGGAGACAGGAGUACCUGACAACGCUGCAGAGACGCAGAAAAUGGACAGCAGAAAAGCCAAAUGUAAAAGUGGGAGAUGUUGUCUUAUUGAAAGACAGUCAGGCACACAGAAAUGACUGGCCAGUUGGGCUUGUGGUAAAAACAUUUCCCAGUACUGACAAAAAGGUUAGGAAAGUCGAACUAAAAACAGUCAAGCAAGGAGCUGCUAAAGUGUUUCUGAGACCAAUCUCACAGAUUGUUGUUCUUCUUUCUGAAGCAUCCUAGAGACAAAAGAUAAAAAUAGAAAGGACAUUAUUUGUUUCUUGAUAUGUUUUAUUUCAUAGUGGCACAAUUUCAUUAUACCAGGCGGGGAGUGUGCUGCCAUCCUGUUAGAAGGUAACAGAUUAUUUUAUUACAAUGGUUCAAUUGGAUUUUCAUUGUGUUCAAUUGUGUUAUUUGCCCCCUAGUGGAGGUUUCUGGUACUUAGAAAGACUACGCAAACAGGAAGUAGAGAAUUUGUUCUGCAGGCAUAGAAGCAGCUACAAACAACGCUACGGUGCAGGUCUUUCAAUGUAGUUAUUUCUUGUCACGCUUCAGCCUUGGAAAAUAUUUGUUUUUUCACAACAUAAACGUUUUCAAUAUAUUCAUUCAAGAAAAGUCACGCCUUGGGAGUUUUAUUGAAGACUUAGUUGUUAGCUAUCUGUCUAGUUUUGCAUGGGAACGCAACUCAAGGGCAGAAUAGU